AUGAAUUAAAGUAAUAACUCUUACUUCUAUGAGAUUCAAAAUAGAAAUGAUGCUUUAUGGAAAUUAUAGAAUACACUUAAAACAUUUGAAGUUGUACGAUCAUUAAAUUAAGAUCAUCAUCAUAAUAAAAUUUAUUCCAUAAAUGGAUAGGAUGAAUUAAUCUAGAAACCUCAUUAUCAUUUAAAGAAUUAGUAUCUAUUAUCAAAAAAUAAACAUGUAAAUUUGGAAAACUUAAUUCUAAAGAAAACAAUGAAGGAACAUGUAUUAUUAUGAUUAUAAAUUAGUAUUAUGGAUUAGAAUUGAGUACAAAUUAUGAAACUUUGUAUUUAUAUGGAUGUAAGGAUAUUAUAGAUGAAUGGUAUGGUUAUAUUAAGAUUUAUACAAUCUAAAAUGAUUUUCGUAUGAAUUAUGAUUUUAUUAAAUUAACUGGGAAAGGAGCCCAUGCUAAAGUAUACAAAAUUUUUAGUAAGAGAGACAAUCAAAUAUAUGCAGUUAAAGUAUUUAAAAAGAAAAACAUCAGUAAUAAAGUAAUGAAUGAUUUGUAUUCAAAGUUAGGUCUAUUCAAAGAAGUUUAGAUACUAAGAUAAUUAUAACAUAAAAAUGUCAUAAGAUUAAAUGAAGUUUAUGAGAAUGCCAAACAUCUCUACUUAAUACUAGAUUAUUUACCAGGAGGAGAAUUAUUAUAAGCAAUUAGUUCUGCAGAAGUAUAUAGUGAAACUGUGGUACAAGAAUUAAUCUAAAAUUUAUUAAAAGCUUUAGAUUAUAUUCAUUAAAAUAAAAUUUUACAUAGAGAUAUCAAACCUUAAAAUUUAUUAUUAAGAACCUAAAAUAAUAUCACAGAUCUUGUAAUUGCUGAUUUUGGUUUAUCAGAUGAAUAUAAUAAUAGAGGUGAUUAUAUAUUUUAAAGAUGUGGAACAAUAGGAUAUAUAGCUCCAGAAAUAUUGAGAAAUGAAAUCUAUGAUUAUAAAGUUGAUAUAUUUUCUGUUGGAGUUAUCAUGUUUAUGUUAUUAACAGAUUCUAGUCCAUUUGAUGGAAAAGAUACUAAUGAAGUUAUUAAAAACAAUUACUCAUGCAAUAUUGAUUUUUAAUAAUUAGAAAAGGCUAAAAUAAGCACACAUGCAUAUGAUUUUGUUAAAUGUCUUUUAGAAUAAAAUCCAAAUUUAAGACCUACCGCAUAAUAGGCCCUCUAACAUGAUUGGUUUUAUUUACCUAAAAUGGAAACUUUACAAUAUUUUUCACUUUCAUUAAAGAAUAUACCACUCUUAAACAUCAAAAAAAGACCUGAAUUACAAAAUAUUUUAAUUUCUUAAUCUCCUUUAUGGAAUAAUCUUUGUUCUAAGCUUACUCUCUCAGACAGUUCUAAAUCAAAGAAUGCUUCAGAAUGUUUAAGUAUUCUUGAUGACAUUUAAGAUUAAGUAUAAGAGGAGGAAACUUAAGUAGAUUAUAAAUAUAAAUAUAAAUUGAGAUAGGGAAGUAUAGAAGACAAUUUAGAGGAUAUGAAUGAUGAUGAUUUCUAUAAAUAUACUAAAUCUCCAUCCAGUCUACUAUAAAUUUAUCACUUAAGUAUUAAAGGAGGUAGAAAAUGA